AUGUCACGAGAUGCUACCAUCGACGAGUCUUCACUCCCAUCCGUAUUCCAAUCCCAAUGGCAAUCCAACCCAGACCCGACAGCACUUCCGUUCCCACGAGAUAACCCACCUUUCCCGCUCACAGCCAUCGAUUGGCACCAGCUGUCCCUCGAAGAUGCAGACUUCAUGCCACAUUCAUGGUCAAACCUACAUCAUCUCAUCUCUACAAACCAACUUGAAGAGUUGAAACGUUGGCCUAGCUCAUUAAAAGCCUAUCUUGCCUGGACGGCGCAUGUCAAAAAGAAGUACGGGAGUGUGACGGCAUAUCUUCUCGAUCAGCGACUGUUUUGGGAACCAAUCGAAGACGAAACAGGAGCGCUGCGAUUCAAAGUACGGAACACGACGCCUUUUGCGGAUCCAGAGGACUACAAGAUCCUGAGGAACGACUGGACAUAUUCGUUUGAGCCUGGCAUUCGACACAUUGUGGUGUGGUUGAAGCAGCGGUUGCCGGUGGAUAAGGAAGGCGCACUGAGUGAUGUGGGCAGAGAUAUGGUCAAGGAUUUUGUGAAGAGGGAGUUUAGGAAAAAGACAGGGGAGCAGGAAGAGGGGAAGAAGGUCAUCUGGUUCAAAAACACGACAAACUUGCAGAGUGUUAGGAGUUUGGAGCAUGUGCAUGUGCUGGUGCGCGAUGUGGAUGAAGAGGUCUUGAGCCAGUGGAUGAUCUAA